CACACACACACAACAACAGCUUCCUUUUACUCACAGCAGAAGUCGCGACGAGGUGACGACUUGGCGGAGGAUUCCGGCCACAUGAACGAGAGCGUGGACGUGACGGACGUGGUGGCCAUCUGCUGUCCCAAAUACAAAGACAGGCCGCAGAUCGCCAGGGUGGUGCAGAAGACCAAAAGCGGCUACAGCGUGCACUGGAUGUGCGGGUCCUACUCCGGACCCUGGGCCGUGGCCAAGAAACGGGACGGUCGCAAAAAGGUGCCUUGGUUGGACAACAUCAAGGAGUCGGACAUUAUUUAUAAGAAAAUCUCCUUAACGAGCGGACACAAGCUGACACACAAAGUGGCACAGACGUUACGAGCGCUAUACGCCGCCAAGGACGGGACUAAGCAUUAGACAACACUCUGGCAAACCCACAUGGAUCCAGUAUGUUACAGAGAAACAUUCAAAGCUCUUUCUAUUUAAGGACCUAAUAGACCAAGUUGAAGUUAACAGACCAGAAGGAAAUGUUUCGAAAAACAUUGGGUGGGAGCUCCUUCGCUGUUGUGCAGCAACCCGAUUCAUUUUUACUCCCGCUGACUGUAUUAUAGUUGAACUAAAAAAAAUGUUUAUAUCUGAAAAGAAUUCUGUAAAAAAAAGUUAAAAAAAGAAAAAAAGAAAGUGAAUGUUGGAAAUUAGUGUAUUGACGUUCUUAAUAAAGUGUUUUUUGGACUUAC